GCUUCAGAGAGUGGCUGCUUGUCUUUGAGGAGAUAGAAGGCUGCAACCACAGGAGACUAAAUGAAAGCUAAAAAUCCAAUUAAACAUCAAUAACCUGGACAGAGUUUGGCUAAAGGAGCUUUGCCGCAGUGAGAACAAUUGGCACAAGUCUUAUCUCCCUUCCUCAGCUGUGUUUUCUGAGUCAGCAGUAGUUAAAUUUUCCAGCAUGCCCCUACAUGAAAGAAAGUGUAAAGGGUGAUUACGGAUUUCCAGUCAGUGACCUUGCCUUUGAGUGGGACAGUCAACACAUUUGAGCUUUCUACGAAGCAGUGCAGUGACAGCUGAAGUUGCUUUCAAAAAGUCAUCUGAAAGGCAAUCUUAGACGUGGUCUGACAGUAUCCAGUAUCUUAAUUCUCUCAGCACAGAAGACAAAUCACCUCAAUUUUCUCAAUUUUCUGAGUUCGUGACAAUGACAACUUAUUUUGGAGUUACCUCAGCGGUGUUAUCAGUCUGGGUUAUGACAUUCAUGGCUCAAAAUUACUUUAUAACAGGUUCCACGCUUUCACCUUGCAGGAUCACAGGUGUAGGACUUUAUCUUGGUCACAAAGUGAAUUUUUCAGAAGCAAGUAAUGUGUGCAAUCGACUGAAUCUACAACUGGCAAGUAAAGAACAGGUUGAGAAGGCUUUGAAUCAUGGCUUUGAAACAUGCAGUUCUGGAUGGAUAAAAGAUGGAUCGGUUGCCAUUCCUCGUAUAACAUCCAACAUGAAAUGUGGUAAGGGCAGUGUUGGACUAGUGAACUGGCGUCCAAAUCACGCUCAUAAAUUUACAGUUUACUGCUUCAAUUCUUCAGAUGUUCAAAUUAAUUCAUGUAAACCAGAUCCAACUACAACCAUAAUACCAUCAUCAAGUGUACCAACAGACUUAACUGCGUAUUCAAGUUCAGAUUUGACUGGGAACACCACAGCAGUGCCCACUGCAGCUGAACCAGAACAAACCCUGAAAAACGUGAAAUUUCGGAUUAUAUGUAUAACUGAAACUAUAUUACCAACAGAGGAAACAACUACAACAAUGCCAGAGGAAUCCUACACUUACCCUGCUGCAUUUAGGAAUGAUGGUGUUGUCUUUGGAGGUAUCCCCACUGCACUCCUUGUGCUGGCAAUCAUCUUCUUCAUUAGUUCAGUUCUUCUAGCAGUCUGCUACAUCAAAAAGUACAAGAAAUGCCUCUUAUUUUCAAGGAAGAAUCAGAAAAAAGAAGUGGUUGAAACUACAGCUCUCAAAGAUACUGCAUCAAAUGACAAAAUACUCGAGAAGGAAACAAAGAAUAAUGGGAAAAUGGUAGAAGAGGCCACAGCCAAGCCUGAAACCACAGUAAAAUGUCUAGAAGUGGAAGUUUAAGGUCAGCAGAAGUUUGAGGAGAAACAUGCAGUUCUUUUUAGAAAUAUAUAAAACAAAGCACGUAACUUAGCAAUGCUUUUAAAUGCGGGUGACUGUAAAUACUCAUGAAUGAGUUUUUUUCUCAUCUUAACAUAUGAAAACUUUUUUUUUAAUAACUACAUCUUCAGCUAUAAACGCUCUUGCAAAAGAAUAUGGUAUCCCACCUGAAAGAAAUAAAACAUCCAUAUUACAAUUCACUUCUUUGUAAUAAAGAAGUAAAUCAAAAUUUGUUGUUAAUGACACGCAGUGUGUGACUAUUUGCAUGAAAUUCAGAUCGAUGUGUAAUGAAAAAAUCCUUUAUAUCUGUAUGGAUGAUCUCUGCUAACUUAACGUCUAAAAUAAAACAAUACUGCAGCUCUUCA